AUGGCAAGCACAUCGACAAGAUUAAGAUGCAGUAGCAUGACGAUACGUGCCACUUUUGAUGCACUUCCGGUGGAGAUUAUCACUUACAUCAUGAACUGUCUUUCCUACGACGAUAUCAGUUUAUUGAGAGCGGUUUCCAAAAAUUUCGACGUAGUGGCACGCUCUAUUCUAAACACUUCAUUUUUUCGGCUUGGCGAACAGCUUGAUAAGGCAAUGAACCGAAUGAAAAAGAUGUUACCAAAAAGAGAAUCUCAACGAAGGCUACAUACCUUAUCGCGUGUCAGUGAAGUUUAUUCAGCGUUGGAAACGCGUUAUGCAUUGCUUUCGAUGACAUUCAGGAAGUAUAUCGAUAAUGAUUCUUGUUGCUUCAUAGCUGGCAAGGUAUUGGAUGAAGGUUUCUCCGUGCUGCGUAUGCUGGACAGUUGUAUUAAACGGAGAGUGCAACCACCGGAAACGCAAGAAUCUUUAAGAGACAUUCGAGAUUAUUCGAGUAUGGCAAUGGAAUAUUUCGAAGAACAAAUUGCACCAGCUCUACGUAUUCGAGAUCCUUUGAGCCUUCUUUGUCGUUCCCAUUCUCGAUAUUCAUUGGAAUCAUUGCCUAAUAGUUUUUCUUCCGCAGCGUUGAGUGACAGCGUUCGUCCGUUCUGCAGUACAUCCUCUUCGAAUAUCGUAAUAGGCAAAAGUAGCAACAGUCCAGUUACGCACAGUUUCGGUGAUCUUGCAAAGAUGAACCAGUGGAAAAGGAAGAUUGAUGAGAAAGUUAAGCAGCAUGAACGAAUAAUCGCUGAACAGGAUCGUGUGAUACGUGAGCAAAACAAGGCCAUAAAUAGUAUCAUUGAAUGCAUGCAUCAGAUUAGUGCAAAAAUCUCAUUCAACUUCAUGAAAGAAUUGAAAGCUGUUGAAGAACUGUCGCAACCAAGUUCACCACCUGCAGGUCCAUCUGGGAAAAUGAAACGUUUGGGAAAGAGAAAAUCCAAUACAGCGUUAUUCAAGAAAGAUAUAAAGCGAAAUAACUAA